AUGAUUAGGCCAAGAGUAUUUUCUUUGAAAGGGCCCUGCACGUAUACGGAAAAACGGUUAUUGUGCGAAGGAAUACGGCAUUUUUCGUCGGAGGAGAAAAUGAGGGGCCACAAGAGGAGAAAGAGCAAAAGAGAGAAAAAAGAAAAAGAAAAAGAAGAGACGAACAGAAAAGAAAAGAAACAGAAGGGAGAUGGGAGCAUGCGAGGAAAAUUGAAGCAGCGAAGAUGGGGAAAAAGAAAUCUAAGACAUUGCGAAGGCAGACCAAACAAAAGAAAUGAGGGGAUUACAAUUAAAAGUGCCGCGACAGAAUGCCGCAGGUGUCAAACAACGGCGGGCAUCGGAGGCACGGGUGUGUUUUUGUUUUCCGUCCAGCUCUACAGCCCUUUCUCUUUGACAAAAGCUGCAACUGUGUGCCUAAGCAUGAUAAUAGAAGAAGUGGGAAGAGACGGUACGUAA